GAUGAACAUAGAUUUGUUACUGCGGAACUCGAUUAUCCACGAGGCAAACUCGAUCCAGAUAAAUGACAAGAAGGAAGUAAUCCGAGCUCUAGAGCAUACUUCACUAAUGCUGACAACGCAGGAAAUCCCUGUUUUUACUGUGAACAACUGGUUGCUCCAGCUGGCUGAUUUUUACAACAAAAAUGCUGAUACCUCUACUCGGUAUUUUAUUUACAAAUUUGUGGAGAAGCACCAGGUUCAGUUAUGUGCUAGCGCCCAGAAUAACAGAGAGGUCUUGAAGAGGUUCAGCUUUAUUUUGACUUCAAUCUUGGACCAGAGUAAAAUCUUUACUCUGAUGAUCCUGAAAUGCCUGCACAGGCUGUUUAGCGAACACGAGGUGUAUAUUUAUCAUUACAUUUUGGAUAUCUUUUUAAGAGGGUUUAAGCAGUAUGAUAAGAGCAAGCACUGCAUGAAAACAGGCAGAAGAGGAGUUAUUAUGGCCAUGGCAGUCAAUAAGUGACUUGAGAGUGUUUUGAAGGAGGAAUUGGUGGUGCAACGAUUAAAAGAUACUAUCGAGCAGAGCCAUCGUUUAAGUGGAUGCAAUAAAGAAGACAUUCUCAAAAUUGUAUGUGACAACCAAAACUUUAAGGAUUAUGAAGCCAUCAAUGAGAUCAUGAUCAAGUGAGUUGCCUUCGCAAUGGACACAAAGGACCUCAAAUAUUUUGCAGGGUGAAUGAGCUGCUUCGUGCUGCUAGUUAAGCGAUUUCGGCUGCUCAAGGAGACUAUCAUAAAUUUGCUACUACAGAUCAAGGAAAUGUUGGAAAUACAAGCUAUUCCAGUUUAUAGUGAAGAUCCUGAGGAGCUGAAAAGCAGUCAGGACGAGGACCUCCAGAAGCUCAUGUGGUACGGGGUCAUUACUGCGCUUUCAAAAAUUCAUAUUCUAGGAAGAGAUGUAAUUAAAGCUAUUACUCCAGGUAUUCUUUCAAACGAGUUCUUAUCUCAAGACGAGAAGGUCAUGUUCUGCGUAGACAUCCUGAUACACAACUAUCUCAAUCCAUUCCACAAGAUCAAACAUGAAGAGAAAUUUGAAGAAUGGACUUUAUUUGAGUCGACUCUUGAGGAGUCAGACUACCUCCUUUCUAAAUUUAGUGGAAACUGGGUUGAGAGAAAGAGCCUAAUCAAGGGACUCUAUUUGAUCAGAAUCGUUAUUAAAAAUCUUGAGGAUGGUAAGCUCCAGUAUUUUUGUGAAUGAGUCUGUCAAUAUUUGAGCAAGACCAAAUACUUCAGCUACCAAUUGCUAAAGAAUCUUCUUUUCAAGUAUCUUUGCAACAGAGAGAAGAGGUUAAUCAGAGAUGAAGCAAUAAAAUUGAUUUCAACUAAGAAAGAGCGACACAUCGACUUUGUUCUUAAGAUAUUGAAGCUCACAUCCGACCUUGAUUACUCCAAAUUCACUAAUUCUGAGGCCAUGGCGCUUACAGAGAUCACUUCAAAAACACUUAAAGAAUGAUUGACUAUUGUGCUGGAUAAACAAUUCGUUAACCGUGAUACUAAGAUAAUAAAAAUUGUCACUAUUUUAUCAAAUUGUUACCAUAUCAAAUUAACAGAGGAAGAUAUCGAGCAAAUUUCUGGGCUAAUAAUUGAUAAUAUUAAAUUAGAAAAGUUAGAGAAGAUAUCUGCCCUUGACAUCGCUCUUAGGAUUAACAAUAUUGAAGCUAUUCGGCUCCAGAUCCAGCUAUUUGAUUUUAUACAAGAGUAUUUAUCCCCACAAGAGCUGCAUAAGUCAGAUCAGACACCAUAUGAGUUAUGGGUAGGACUUUGAAUCACUUUUUUGAAGCAAAUUGACUCUGUUUACAGUAAUCUAUGACUUGGAUUAUUCAGCCAGCAUGAAGCAAAUAUAUCCAUUCGCAAUCUCUAUUUAUUAAAGAUGGAUCUGAAUAAGCUGAAGCCAGUUAUCGCAAAGCCAUUGGGCUAUUUCAUUGCUCUCGUUGAAAUUCUAAUAUGCUCUAUCAGGCUACUUUUAGGCCGCAAAGAUUUUGAUUGCGCUAUCAAAGUGGUCAAAUCUAAAAAUAUUCCUGGAAAAUCUAGGAUUCUACAAAUUCUGCAAUCAGGAUUUACUACAGAUAACUGUCUCUCUACAGAAGGGCUCAAAGAGAUCAUCAGCAAGACAUAUUGUUUAAUUAUGCAAUAGUAAAAA